AUGUUAGAAGGGAAGUUCGACCAAGCCAGCUUGUUGAAGAAGAUCGUCGAGUCGAUCAAGGACUCGGUCAAGCUCUGCAACUUCAAUUGCACCCAGCACGGCAUCACCGUCCAGGCGGUGGACGACUCGAGAGUGUUGUUGGUGUCGUUGCUCGUCGGCGAGUCGGCAUUCUCUGAAUAUCGCUGUGACCGUGACGUCACCUUAGGCGUCGACUUGGAACUGUUCUCCAAGAUCAUCAAGACCGCCAACAACGAAGACUACCUCACCCUUCUCGCCGAAGACUCCCCCGACUCGAUGUUGACCAUCUUCGAGGACAAGAAGAAGGAACGCAUCUCCGAGUUCUCCCUCAAAUUGAUGAAUAUCGAGCUGGAGUUCUUGAAGAUCGACGACAUGGACUACGACUCCGUCAUCACCAUGCUGUCGGCCGAAUUCGCCAAGAUCGUCAGAGACCUCAAAAACUUGUCCGAAUCGAUGAACAUCGUCGUCACUAAGGACUCGGUCAAGUUCAACGCCGAAGGUGAGUCGGGCACCGCCUCCGUCGUCAUCAAGCCCUACACUGACAUGGACUCGCCCGACGACUCCGUCGCCAUCCACUUGGAAUCGCCCGUCGACUUGACCUUCGGUCUCAAAUACUUGAACGAUAUCGUCAAGGCCACCUCGUUGACCUCGACCAUCCUGAUCAAGUUGGCCGACAAAACCCCGGCGUUGUUCGAAUAUAAGUUGGAUGUCGGUGGCUACUUGAGAUUCUACUUGGCUCCUAAGUUCGAUGAAGAAGAUUAA